AGUUAGAGUUCAGUCUAACCGGAGCCCUGAGGAUCCGCUGUCUCUCCUGCACUCUCUUUCCGAGGUGCAAGUCUGUCUCUCUCCUGCACCCACUUCAUCUCCACAUCGGUCUUGGCUGUGACCCAUCACUACAGUCAUGGCACCCAAAAAGAACAAGGCGGCUAAGAAGAGCAAAGCCGAUAUCAACGAGAUGACGAUCAUGGUAGAGGACAGUCCUUCCAACAAAAUCAACGGGCUCAACACGCUCCUGGAGGGCGGAAACGGAUUUAGUUGCAUCUCCACUGAAGUCACGGACCCCCUCUAUGCACCAAACCUCCUGGAGGGUCUGGGCCACAUGAGGCAAGACAGCUUUCUCUGUGACCUCACGGUAGCAACCAAAUCCAAGUCCUUCGACGUUCACAAAGUAGUGAUGGCAUCCUGCAGCGAAUACAUCCAAAACAUGCUCCGGAAGGAUCCGUCUCUAAAGAAGAUUGAGCUCAAUGAUUUAUCCCCAGUUGGUUUGGCUACUGUCAUCACUUAUGCCUAUUCUGGAAAACUGACCCUAUCUCUGUACACCAUCGGUAGCACCAUAUCCGCAGCCAUGCUCCUCCAAAUCCACACUUUGGUGAAAAUGUGUAGUGAUUUCUUAAUGCGGGAGACCAGCGUGGAGAACUGCAUGUAUGUGGUCAACAUUGCCGACACGUACAAUCUAAAAGAAACCAAAGAAGCCGCUCAGAAGUUCAUGCGAGAGAACUUCAUUGAGUUCUCCGAGAUGGAGCAGUUCCUCAAACUCACCUAUGAGCAAAUCAACGAAUUUCUCACAGACGACUCGCUCCAGUUGCCGUCAGAGCUCACAGCUUUUCAGAUCGCGGUCAAGUGGUUGGAUUUCGAUGAGAAGAGGUUGAAAUACGCUCCUGAUCUGCUGUCCAACAUCCGUUUUGGCACCAUCACGCCCCAGGAUCUUGUUAGUCACGUACAGAAUGUUCCCAGGAUGAUGCAGGAUGCUGAGUGCCACCGUCUGCUGGUUGACGCCAUGAAUUAUCACCUGCUGCCCUUCCAGCAAAACAUCCUUCAAUCCCGGAGGACCAAAGUUCGUGGAGGUCUCAGAGUUCUGCUUACUGUGGGUGGACGGCCUGCGCUGACCGAAAAGUCUCUCAGCAAGGACAUUCUCUACAGGGACGAGGAUAAUGUCUGGAACAAGCUGACGGAGAUGCCUGCGAAGAGUUUUAAUCAGUGCGUGGCUGUUUUGGAUGGUUUCCUUUACGUGGCCGGAGGUGAAGACCAGAAUGAUGCAAGAAACCAGGCAAAACAUGCCGUCAGCAAUUUCAGCAGAUAUGACCCCCGAUUCAACACGUGGAUCCACCUGGCCAACAUGAUUCAGAAGCGCACGCAUUUCAGCCUCAACACCUUCAAUGGUCUGCUCUUCGCCGUCGGGGGCCGUAAUUCUGAUGGAUGCCAGGCGUCUGUCGAGUGCUACGUCCCGUCUUCAAACCAAUGGCAAAUGAAAGCUCCAAUGGAAGUCCCAAGAUGCUGCCAUGCCAGCUCAGUUAUCGAUGGCAAGAUCUUGGUUAGCGGUGGUUACAUUAACAACGCCUACUCUCGAGCCGUCUGUUCUUACGACCCAUCCACUGAUAGCUGGCAGGAUAAAAACAGCCUGAGCAGCCCGAGAGGAUGGCACUGUUCGGUGACCGUCGGAGAUCGUGCUUACGUGCUCGGCGGCAGUCAACUGGGCGGACGUGGAGAGAGAGUAGACGUCUUGCCUGUUGAAUGCUACAACCCUCACUCCGGCCAGUGGAGCUACGUCGCCCCCUUGCUGACAGGAGUGAGCACUGCAGGCGCUGCCACCUUGAAUAACAAGAUCUACCUCUUGGGCGGCUGGAAUGAGAUUGAGAAGAAGUAUAAGAAAUGCAUUCAGGUUUAUAAUCCCGAUCUUAACGAAUGGACUGAGGACGAUGAAUUGCCAGAGGCUACGGUUGGUAUCUCAUGUUGUGUCGUCACCAUCCCCACACGCAAAACACGAGAGUCAAGGGCCAGCUCGGUGUCGUCCGCACCAGUUAGUAUAUAAGCAGGGAGAGAGAGUGGUGGGGAAAUGUAUUUGAGUUGCUUAGGGUCAAUUUAUACUUCUGCAUCAAGUAGGUCCGGUGUUCUUACGAUCUGUGCUACCUCCUCAGAAUGUGCUACUGGUAGCUCAAUCUGUCAUGUUUCGUUUCACAAAAUCCGGGGUAGAGCAUCUUGUCAGCUGCAAAAGUCUAUCGGAAUGAACUUUCAUCUUAAAUUAGUGUGUAGGAACAGAGGUAGUAAUUCUUGUCAAGUUCAAGUGUCUAUCGGUUUGAACUACCACCUUACAUAAGGGUGUAGGAGCAGGGGUAGUGCAUCUUAAAAACUACAGUGUCUAUCGGAAUGAACUACCACCUUACAUAAGGGUGUAGGAGCGGGGGUAGUGCAUCUUGAAAACUACAGUGUCUAUCGGAAUGAACUACCACCUUACAUAAGGGUGUAGGAGCAGGGGUAGUGCAUCUUGAAAACUACAGUGUCUAUCGGAAUAAACUACCACCUUACAUAAGGGUGUAGGAGCAGGGGUAGCACAUCUUGAAAACUACAGUGUCUAUCGGAAUGAACUACCACCUUACAUAAGGGUGUAGGAGCAGGGGUAGUGCAUCUUGAAAACUACAGUGUCUAUCGGAAUGAACUACCACCUUACAUAAGGGUGUAGGAGCGGGGGUAGUGCAUCUUGAAAACUACAGUGUCUAUCGGAAUGAACUACCACCUUACAUAAGGGUGUAGGAGCAGGGGUAGUGCAUCUUGUGAGCUUCAAAUGUCUAUCGGAAUGAACUAUCACCUUAAAUUAGGGUGUAUGAAUAGGGGUAGCGCAUCUUGUCAGCUUCAAAUGUCUUUCGGAAUGAACUAUCACCUUAGAUAAGGGUGUAUGAAUAGGGGUAGUGCAUUUUGCCAACUUCAAAUGACUGUCGGAAUGAACUACCACCUUAAAUAAGGGUGUAGGUACAGGGAUAGUGCAUCUUGUCAGCUUUAAAUGUCUAUCAGAAUGAACUACCACCUUAAAUAAGGGGGUAGCACAUCUUGAAAACUACAAUGUCUAUCGGAGUAAACUACCACUCUAAUAAAAAUAAUAGUUCAUUCCGACACUUGAAAGCUGACAUCUGACUUUUUAGGUGAAACAUGACAGAUGAGAUAGCCUUAACACAUUCUGCGGAGGUCAUACAGAUCGGGCAAAGCUUCAUCACACACUUUCAAACUACAUAUUUCUGCGAUGUGGAAUACAAGAUCUGUGAUUGGUCAGAGUUGGUGGAGAUGACAAAAUGUGGGCGGGUCAGACAGUUGUGAGAGCGGAGCGAGGCCAGUGGUGCAAGUGUUUAAUUAACAAGUGUCAAGUUCUAUGGAAGAGCACUAUAUGGAUACGCUUGUUUUGUUUACUUUAUAAUUAAACUUGUUGAACGUU